AUGGGAGUGAACAAUGGAUUGGCUCUGCUGGAGGAACAACAACAGGAAACAUCUACAGACAAAAGCUGGCUGGGUCAGUACAGACAGCUGGCUCAUUACUUCUCUCUGCUCUGCUUUCUGCUCAUCAUCAUCACUCUGCUCCAGACUCUCUGCUGUGAGUACUUCCUGACAGAAAGCAAACUGAGAGAUGCGACACACAGACUGGAGAAGCUCAACCAGUCAUAUCGCCUCCUGUUCUCCCAGUAUCCAGCUCUGAACCAGUACUGUCCAGUCAGCAAUGCUACCACCGGUGAGAGAGUGUGCGGACCAUGUCCAGCCGGCUGGACGCUUCAGGGAGAGAAAUGUUUCCUGUUCAGUCAGGACCGGGCCGACUGGAUCAGCAGCCAGUACCGCUGCAUGACACUGGGUGGCGCUGUGGCCACAGUCAGGACAGAGGAAGAACAGUUGUUUCUGUGGAACAAGGCCAAGAGUCUGAGCCAAGGAGACUCGUACUGGCUGGGCCUGAGGAUCAGUGGUGAUGGCGGGGGCUGGCAGUGGAGUGACGGCUCUCCGGUGGAGAAGGGACCUGGGUUUUGGGAGCGUGAGCCCGAUAAAACAGACAGCAGGGAGCUGUGUGGUCGGCUCACACCUGGAGACAACUACAGGAAGAGCUGGUACACCUACAGAUGCUCCAACCUGCUGAAGAGGAUCUGUGAGAGGAGACGAGCUACUCUACAGUGA